AUGUCUGCCGGAGCUGUCCAACUGCCGAAAAUAACCGAAGGCUUCUUAGGACCACAAGCCAAGUUCCAAGCAUAUGGACUGAAUUUGGUUUCUCACAGCCAGCCAAUAAUCUACAUGCAAGAGGACCAGCCUGAAGUGGAGAUAAUCCUCGGAACCAAGUCUGAAAUUAGGAUUACUGUCAAAUUGGUUUCAUAUGAGCGAAAGAAGGAGUGCACCGAGUACUGCUUAGUUCGAUGUAUUGGAAAUAACUUUCUAUUUCUCAUCAGGCCACCAUUGCCCGGUUUCUAUAAAUGUCAAAUUUACGCUCUUCCCAAAGACGAAGCCGGUCCUCAGCUGUUGGGCGUGUACAACUACCUCAUCCACUUUCCUGGAAAUUUUGAAGACAGGCCCUUUCCAAAGCAAUACCCGAUGUGGAGAGAUGGGUGCUAUUUAGAAGAACCUCUUAGUUUGCCUAGGGGUAUCAAGGAUCCAAUGGUGAGGUUCAAGGUUGUCGUCCCUAAAGCCAAUGACGUGCAAGUAAAAGUUGGCGAAGAGUGGAAUCCCUUACAGGAAACUGAACCGGACACUUUUGAGGGCUUCGUAGACUUUAAUACCGGUUAUGCACCAGGUUCAAAGGCCAAGUUGAAUGCCAGGUUUGUUGGUAACAAUUAUCACACACUACUGGAAUAUUCUCUUUAA